CCUCUCCCCCGCCCAUUCCCGCACUCCGCUUCCAUGCAUGCAGGCCUCCCUUCGCGCUGCCAAGCCGGGCGGCAGCGAACCAAACGGAGCGGCGCCGACCACGGGUCCCCCAGCAGGAUCCCCAGCUCUGAGGCCUCCCUUCGCGCUGCCAAGCCGGGCGGCAGUGGAACCGAGCAAAGAGGCGCCGACCACAGGUCCCCCAGCAGGAGCCCCAGCCCCGAGGCCUCCCUUCGCGCUGCCAAGCCGAGCGGCAGCGAACCAAACGGAGCGGCGCCGACCACGGGUCCCCCAGCAGGAUCCCCAGCUCUGA